AUGGAAGACAACGUAUCGAGUGAUGGGGAAGAGGAGCUCAAUGGUAGAGGUGCCGGAGACGGGCAAAGCGGCGAUGCUCCUGAAAAUGAAGAGGAUUCAGACGAGGAGGAACAACAGUUCGACAUUUCUCUUGCUGCUUCACAUUCUUACAUGGGAAAUAGUCUGGUAGCAGUGAGUGGAAGGUCAAUCCUUGAUCCAGGGUGGGAGGGACGCGUGCCAGUUAUUGCCCACCAUGGCACAGUGUUUCCUGGAGAGACUGUACCUAUGUUGCUCACUAACUCUCAUGAUGCUGCUAUUAUAAAAAGGGCAAUACAACAAGACAAGCUUUUUGGACUUUUGUGCCCUGACGAGAGCGGCACGCUGGUGUCGGGCUACGGCGUGCUGUGCGAGGUGUUCGAGGCGGGCGACGCGGAGGCGCAGCGCGCGCUCUCCUUCAAGGCGCGUGCCACGCACCGCUUCCGCUGCCUCAACGUCGCCAAGAACUCCGUGCCCAUACACGCCUACACCAGGAUGCGGUCCGUGGACGUGCGCGUGCUGCCCGACGUGCGGCGCGGCGACCCGCUGCGCCACGCGCGCCUCGCCAGCCUCGACGCGCUGCGCCGCGCCGGCGCCAGGAGCGAGGCGCGGCUGCGCGGCAUGGACGCCGCCGUCACGCCGUGGCCGCUGUUCGUGUACGACAUGUGCGACUACCGCCGCAUGCGCCGCCUCAUACAGGACUACUUCCGCGCCAUGGCGCUCGAGAACGUGCCGGAGGAGGCGGUGUCGCUGUCGUUCUGGACGGCGUCCAACAUGGCGCUGUCGGCGCGCGACCGCCUCGCGCUGUUCGUGGUGGACGACGCGCUGCUGCGCCUGCACAUGGAGGUGCGCCUCAUCAUGCGGAAAAGCGUGUUGUGCUGCUCGUCCUGCGCCAUCGAGAUCGCGCGACGCGAGCACAUAUUCGCCAUGUCCAGCGAGGGCGUGCAUUCGAACUAUACGAAUUUAGGCGGGUACAUGCACGACAUCGUGACGGUGUCGCGCGCGAGCAACACGGAGCUGAGCGGCGCGCCGUCGGCGGAGUUCUCGUGGUUCCCGGGCUACGCGUGGACCGUCGCGCUGUGCGCCGCCUGCAUGGCGCACGUGGGCUGGCGCUUCGACGCCACGCGCCGCGCGCUGCGCCCGCAGCGCUUCUACGGCCUCUGCCGCAACUACGUGCAGCCGCGCUGCGACGGCGACCGCUCGCCGCGCUCGCUCACGCCGCCGCCGCCGCCCGCCGCCGAGCUGCGCGCCGCGCGCCGCGCGCUGGCGGCGCUGGGCCGCGCGCCGCCCGACGACGACCUCCCGGCA